UCUCUAAUGAAUGACAUUUAAGGUUAUGUAAUCUAACCUUAGAAAUCACGAAAACUUUUAUUUAGAUAUUUAGUAGUAUGUACCAAUAAAAGCGUUUUUUCAUGAUGGACGAAGUUUUCUCUGACUUAGCUAACAUCCUUAACGAGCCACCCGAAGUGCGAAGCACUUGCCCCAAAUGCGAACGUCCCACGAGCGUUUGUUGGUGUGCUUCCCUCCCCAAACCGCGUUUGUGCCCCAAAAGUCGCAUAGUUCUCCUCCAACACCCUGCAGAGGAAAAACGAUGUUUGCGAACAGCCCCCAUGCUUCACUUUGGAUUAAGUGACGGAAAAUGUUUGGUUUAUAAAGGAAAACGAUUUCCUGGCAGACACCAAGACUUGGAGGAGCUGUUAGUGGACCACAACACGAUUUUAUUGUAUCCUAGCCCAACAGCAGUUGAUUUGAAAACUUUGAUGCAAAACAACAACAAUACUAGUUUUAAUUUAGUGAUAAUUGACGGGACAUGGCCACAAGCGAAGGCGAUAUACGCGAGUAACCCAAUUUUACAUAAAAUUAAACAAGUUAAGUUGUUGACUAAAGGUGUGAGUAGUUAUAUUAUAAGGACUCAGCCUACUGACGGGUGUUUGAGUACACUUGAGACAGCGACUGAAGCGUUGAGUUUACUUGAACAUGAUGAGGGGUAUAGGAAGUUGUUAGCCCCUUUGAAAACCUUGUGUGAGUUUCAAUUAAAAAAUGGUGCAGUGUCACAUCAGAGUAAGGAGUUUUUGAUUAAAAAUAACAAAUAUCCGAAACUAAUUGGGAAAAGAUUGAAUAAAGUGUUACAUUCUGUAGAAGUUUUACGUGGAGAGUGAUUUUCGUAAAAUGAAAUAAAUUUUAUCAAAAGUU